AAAGCCUCUCAGCUCUGACUCCUCUCUCUUCUCUUCCUGCGUCCUCAACAACACAGUCUUCCUAGCAUCAGGACACCUGACUGUGACGUCAUUCACCAUCAUCACCAUCAUCUGUCAGCCACCAACCAGCAGUACACGCUUCAUAUAACCAAGUUCAGCAAUCUGAGCAGACAUGUCAUCAUCAGGUUCUGAUGAGUGGAGGAUUGUUCUGGUUGGGAAGACGGGAGUGGGGAAGAGUUCAUCAGGAAACACCAUCUUGGGUGAUGAAGAAGUGUUUGAGUCUGAACUGUCUGCAGAGUCCGUCACAUCUGAUUGCAAGAAAGAAAGAAGAGAAGUUCGAGGGCGAAAGGUUGCUGUCAUCGACACUCCAGGACUGUUUGAUACAACUUUACCCAAUGAAGCUGUGUUGAAGAAGGCCAGGAUGUGCAUCGGUCUGUCUUCUCCUGGUCCACAUGCCUUCCUGGUGGUUCUUCAGCUGGGCAGGUUCACAGAGGAGGAGAAACAAACAGUGAAAAUGAUUCAAGAAACGUUUGGUGAAGAUGCUUCUAAAUACACGAUGGUGCUGUUCACUCAUGGAGACAACCUGAAGAAAAAAACCAUUGAAGAGUAUCUCUCAAAGAGCAAAGACCUGACAGACAUCGUCCAGAAGUGUAACAGCCGUUAUCACGUCUUCAACAACAACACAGACGACCCGUCACAAGUCAGUCAGCUUCUGGAUAAAAUAGAGAAGAUGGUUGAUGAGAAUGGAGGGUCACAUUACACCAAUGAAAUGUUCCUGAGAGCAGAGGAAGCCAUCGAGAGGGAGGAAGAACGAAUCCUGAAAGAGUCUGAAGCCGAGAGGAACAAAGAGCUGGAGGAACUGAAGAAGGAACACAGCAGAGAAAUGUUGAAGUUAAAAGAGGAAAUGAUGAAACAAAAACAUGAGUUUGAAGCGAGGCUUGCAGCUGAAAAAAAUAAUACUGUACAUAAGCACCCUGAUACUGUAGUUGUCUGUGUGAUCAGCUGAACAGCUGAGGAGCUGCAGUUAACUGGCGUCACAGCAAGACAGAAAAAUCUUAAAUUAAUGCUGAAUGCAGAAAGAUAAUAAAGAAGAUUUGUUUGAUGUUUUAUUUGAUUCAUUGUAGAUCAUCUGUCAGUAUUUAAAUUAUUAGUCAGAUUAGUCAAAAUAAAGUCACAUGCAGUACAUAUUAUUCAUGUUGUAUCUGAGCUUUGAGGGAUGAAAUAAA